UCCACUUCCGGAGUGAAGGUUCAGAGUUGCCGGCUAAAGAUGGCGGCGCCCGACGAGUUGUUUUGCUGGGAAGGAGACUGGGGUUUACCGUCCGUCAGCACCGACUGUCUGGUGGUUCUGGUGAGUGUCCGUACGUGCUGACCGAACCGGAUCUCUGGCUGUCUGUGGGUCCGAAUCACUGUCGGGAGCCCGGACCAGCUCUCGAACUGAGCAACAGCUGCUAGCGUUAGCAUGCUAACCGACUAAAUGACCGUUAAAUGGGCGCGUGGAGCCGGUUACCGGGUCAGACCGGGGUCAGUCCGGUCCGGAUCAACAAAUCUGAUCGGUUUUUGGUCACUAUUGUGACGUCAUCUAAGGUUUCAGUACGACAGAUGUGACGUGGGAAACGUAAUUAACCGACCGUUAAUCGAUCGUUUAUCGUCCAGUAGCACGUUUGGGGACUGGUCUGUUUUCAGUAGGUGGUCUAAAAUGACUCGGGCAGGUUCGGUUCAGAAAGACCAGAUACAAAAGCAGGUCCAGUUCUCGGAUUGGAUCACUUUGGCCCGAAUGGAUGCGAUGCUCCGUGUGUGUGUGUGUGUGUGUGUGUGUGUGUGUGUGUGUGUGUGUGUGUGUGUGGGACAUUUAUUCAUGAGAAUAGAGACAUUAAUUCAUGAGAAACAAAGUCAUUAAUUUAUGAGAGUAAAUUUAUUCAUUUAUGAUUAAAAAAUUAGUAAUUUAAAAGAAAAAAAGUGAUUUUUCAUGAGACUUAAGCAUACACUGUAUAUACUUUGGACAACUUGGUUCUUCAUUUCCUGAAACAGCGUUGUGUAGUAGCAAUGCGCGCAUUCGGCCGCGCAGUCGCAGAGAGUCACUGUGAUGACGCUUGGCUCAAACAGCGUAUCCCCCUGGGAGAGCUACGCAAUCCCUGAAUGCCCAUAGGCUGUAUCAUGUGUCAAUCAUAGCAAACAUGAACCCCCUAAUAACUUUUAAAAUUAAGGAGAUUAUAGUCAUUAAUUCAUGAGAUUAAAGUCAAUAUUCAUAAGAAAAAAUUAAUAUUUAUGAGACGUAAAUCAUUAAUUUCUGAGAAAAAAGUAAUUAAAUUAUGAGAUUAAGGUAAUUAUUUUAUGAAUUUAGAGUCAUUAAUUUAUGAGAAAAAAGUCAUUUAUUUAUGAUAAAAAAUUAUUAAUUUAUAAGAAAAAGUGAUUUUUCAUUAGACUAAAGUCAUUAAUUUAUUAGAAAAAAAAUCAUUAAAUAAAUGAGAUUAAAGUCAUUCAUUUAUGAGAUUAUAGUCAUUAAUUCAUGAGAUGAUAGUCAUUAAUUCAUAAGAUUAUAGUCAUUAUUCACAAGAAAAAAUUCAUUAUUUGUGAAACAUAAGUCAUUAAUUUAUGUGAAAAAAGAAAUUGAAUGAUGAGAUUAAAGUAAUUGAUUUAUGAGAAUAAAGUCAUUUAUUCAUGAUAUCAACGUCAUUAAUCUAUGAGAUUAAAGUCAAUAAUUUAUGGGAAUAAAGUCAUUCAUAAGAAUAAAGUCAUUUAUUUAUGAGAUUAAAGUAAUAAAUUCAUGAGAAUGAAGUUCAUUAAUUAAUUAGUAUAAAGUCAUUAAUUUAUGAGAAUAAAGUUAUCAAUUUAUGAGAAAAAAGUUGCUAUUCAUGAGAAAAAAGUCAUUCAUUUAUGAGAAAAAGUCAUUGAUUUAUGAGAAAACAUCAUUAUUGAGAAAAAGUUAUUAAUUAAUGAGAUUAAAGUCAUUUUUUCAUGAGAACAAAGUCAUUAAUUAAUGAGAAUAAAGUCAUUAAUUUAUGAGAAUAAAGUCAUUAAAGUCCAACACCACAUACACACCAACUGACUAUCAUUGUUUACACACUCCCUGUCAUCCUCUCCCACUACCCCACCUGGAAACAGCGCCCCCCAGAGGCCCCCCUCCGGAACCCUCGCCCUCACCACCCCCACCACCGGCUCCCCCAACAGGCCCCAACUGGUACUGCACACCAACCCCAUCGCCCCCACCACAUCAAGCUCCCCCUCCUGGUCCAAACAGCUACUACACCCUCCAACCAUAGACUCUCCUUGCAAACAAUUGCAAACAAUUCAAACAAUUACAACUACUGGACCCUCCCGCUCAAAUCCCAUGCAUCUAAAAAGAAGGACAAGAAAUCAAACAAAUCUCUGCUGCCUUCCCCCUGCCUCACUGCCCACCCCACAGCCCCCUCCCCUGAAGAUGGUCCUUCAAAACACCCGCUCCCUCAAUAACAAAGGACUCAUCCUAGCUGACUUCAUAACAGACAAAAACCUGGACUUCCUCUAUCUAACUGAAACCUGGCACAACCAUCUCGACCUCUUUCCACUCAACCAAGCCAACCCCCCCGGUUACUCCUACCUGCACCAACCCCGCCUCACUGGACGAGGCGGAGGCGUCGCAGUCAUUCACAAACAAACCCUCAAGACCACCCCUGUCUCCCACCCUGUCCGUCCACUCAUUUGAAAAUAUCUCUGUCAAACUCCCCGGCCCCACCCCUCUGGUCAUUGUCACUAUCUACCGCCCCCCAAAGCCCCACCCAUCAUUCCUCUCUGAUUUCUCUGACUUUGUCACCCACCUAAACACCAUCUCAUCCUCUGUCCUGCUGCUUGGAGACUUCAACUUUCACAUUGACAACCCCACCUGCAAACAAGCAUCCGAUUUCCUGGAUCUGCUCGACACCCUCAAUCUCACCCAGCAUGUGCACUCCCCCACCCACUCCCAUGGCCACACCCUCGACCUCGUCUGCUCCACCGGCAUCUCCAUCCACCAUCUCUCCACCACCAACCCCCCCCCCCCCCCCGCCUCACAGUAAAAAACGACUAAUUACCUUUAGAAACCUCAAAUCCAUCUCACCACAGGACCUAUCCGCUUCCCUAUCUGCCACCCUCACUGCAUCCCCUCCCUCACCAUCUGCUAAACUUCCUGACCUACUCAACUACUACAGUAACACUCUAUCCUCCUGCCUGGACCAGCUCGCACCUCUCAAAACAAAAACAGUUUCAUUCAGACACUCUGCCCCCUGGUAUACUUCAGAACUACACAAAAUGAAAUCCCAUAAACGCCAACUGGAACGUCUAUACCGCAAAACCGGCCUCACCGUCCAUCUCCAAGCCUCUAUCCUCCUGCCUGGACCAGCUCACACCUCUCAAAACAAAAACAGUUUCAUUCAGACACUCUGCCCCCUGGUAUACUUCAGAACUACACAAAAUGAAAUCCCAUAAACGCCAACUGGAACGUCUAUACCGCAAAACCGGCCUCACCGUCCAUCUCCAAGCCUACACCCACCACCUCCACCUAUACAGAACAGCCCUCAAAUCCGACCGCUCAUCCUAUUACUCCAACCUCAUCCACUCCGGCUCCAGUAACCAAACUUUUCUCCACCGUCAAAAAACUGCUCCACCCCAUAGACAGUACCUCCAUCACCUUCACCCCGGAAAAAUGCAACACAUUCCUCUCCUCUUUUCAAUCCAAAAUCAACGCAAUCUAUAACUCCCUUCCCCCACCCUCCAUUCCCCGCUCCUCCCCUCCUCCCCUCAUCCCAUCAGCUCUCUCCUGCUUCUCACCUGUCUCCUUAACCGACGUGACUAAUAUCAUCUGCUCCAUGUCUUCAUCCACCUGUAUCCUGGAUCCCAUCCCAUCCUCCCUCAUCAAACACUGCCUCCCCGUCAUCUCCCCCAUCAUAACACAGAUCAUCAACUCCUCCCUCAACUCCGCCACUGUUCCCCCGUCACUCAAACUGGCCGCUGUCAUCCCCAUCCUCAGAAAACCCGGACUCAACCCCGACGACAUCAGUAACUUCCGGCCCAUCUCUAACCUCCCUUUCCUGUCAAAAAUCCUCGAACGUGUCAUCGCAUCACAAAUCAAAACCCACCUCAACAAUAACAACCUUUACGAACAGUUUCAAUCAGGAUUCCGCACCCACCACAGCACCGAAACUGCCCUCAUCAAAGUCACAAACGACCUCCUCAUUUCUGCUGACUCUGGCCAACUCUCCACCCUCAUCCUCCUCGACCUCUCCGCUGCUUUCGACACCAUCGACCAUGCCAUCCUUCUGUCCCGCCUACACUCCCUCCUCAAUAUCACAGACACCGCUCUUAACUGGAUCCAUUCAUAUCUCACAAACCGGAAUCACUUCAUCCAUAUUAACAACUGCUCCUCCACAACCGCCCCCGUGUCCCAAGGUGUCCCCCAGGGCUCGGUGCUUGGUCCCCUCCUCUUCAUCAUCUACCUCCUCCCUCUUGGCCACAUCCGCCGUCAACACAACCUCCACUUCCACUGCUACGCUGAUGACAUUCAAUUAUAUAUCUCUUCCAACUCCAUCAACCCCCAGACCCAACGCUCCCUCUCAAACUGCCUCUCUGACAUCAAACACUGGAUGGACAGCAAUCUUCUCAAGCUCAGUUAUGACAAAACAGAUCUCAUCAUCAUUGGCCCAAACUCCCUCACCUCCACAGUCACAAACUUUCAUCUCUCCAUCAACAACUCCACCCUCUCCCCCUCCUCCCACUGUCGCAACCUUGGCAUUCUCUUCGACAGCAACCUCUCCUUCACCCACCACAUAAAGCAAAUCACUAAAACAGCCUACUUCCUCCUCAAAAACAGCAAUGGCUGCUGUGUUGGGGCACAGUGCUUUUCGCAUAAAAAGCAGUGCAUGCCUUCCUCAGUAUGCCUGAGCCAGGUAAAUUGAUUGAGCCACUGCUUGUCAAAGCCACUGGCUCUGUGUUUAUGAAAAGAUCUGGAAAGAGGUAUAAAAACCCCGUACACGUUGGCUUUGCGUUGUUAUGCUCCUAAUUGGAAACUAAUUAAUUAAUUACCCUCGCCUCGCCGACUCGUCCUGUCCUGCAUUCUGACCCUCGCGAUCACCAGUCCCUUGUGAAGUACUUUCAGACCUGACACAAAUUUCCACGCUGUCACCACCAUGAAUUAUAGCAUUUUAACUGCCUGUUACGUUUUUUCUCUGCUGUGUUUCACCUGGACUCUUGACUUUCCUCCUCGCGAGGUCGCUUUUUAAAGUACUGGCUGAUUUUGCCUGUCAUAUCUGCAACGCUAAAAAACGGAGGAAACUUUUUUUUUUUUUUUAAAUAAACACGUCAUGCUUGGAUGCAAAAAAAGACAAGCAGUAUUUACCUGUUUGUACCAUCCGCCAGGGAAAAUCAGGACGCCGAUAGCACCAACUAGCGGGAAAAAAAACUUGAAAAAACAUGAUUCGAUCCGUUUCUUCUUCGGUAGAUGCUUCAGGUCUUUCCGGUGCACUGCUGUUGAUAUAGCGCCUCUAUAGUGUCGCAACGCUGCAACUGCAGUUAAAAUACGUUGCUGCUGCAGAGGGACAUCAUACGCUCAGUCAACACAGCUGGAGCUUUACGCUGUGUUGAGCGAAAUCAAUUGCUCUGGCUGGGGGCGGCACAAAAUUAGGUGGAGGCGGCCGCCACGCAAUUUUGAACGCAGGAAAAACCCUGUUUUUGCUUAAACUCUGUACAGCGUCUUUGUGUUUUUGAAAAGCGCUUUACAAAUAAAAUGUAUUUUUAUUAUUAUUAUUAUUAUUAAAUUAUGAGAAUAAAUCGUUAAGUUACCUGUUGUGGGGGAGAGUUGUUUAAAUAAGGCUGUGGUGCAUUUAGAAGAAUUUUACUUCAGUUUCACAAACAUGGAGAUAAUUCAGCCUUUGGUACAUCAGCAUUACUUUGCCAUGAGUAUCAGAAUUUUAAAAAGAAUAUAUGAGAAUUACAUCUUUUCAACAGAAAAAAAAAACGAGUGGACUUUUAGGGAAAUGUCUGGAAAUGUCUGUAGUUAGCAAUCUGCUCACUUCCGGUGUUAGUGUGUGGUGGUGCCUGUUAAAGGAAGUUCUUCAUCUCUCAGAUGGACUUUCUUUAAGGUGGGUCUGAUCUUACAGGAUGAGGGUCAGUCUGAUCCUGUCUUCAUACCCGGUCUUUAUGUGCGUGGAGGUUUACAUUCACAGGGCUCUUAAGGCCACUUCUAGAUGGAAACGGUCUCCAUAGAAAACAGAAAAAUUUAGUUUUGUUUAGCGGGGUCCGUUUAGACGGCAACAGCGUUUUCAGGAGAUGAAAAAGUAACAAAGUGAACCCCCCCCCACCCAGAGUGGAAAUGUUUGUUUUGUUUUUUUAAUUCCACCACACACAUAAUACACAGCACACCACACACUAUUUACAAAUGUACAGUAAUUUACAAAGAGACAGAAAAAUAUUCAGGGUAUCUCUGUUAAGUUCAUAAAAUAAAUCUUAUAAUUCCUAAGGCUUCACAUAUUUGCACAGUUUUGAUUGCUUUUUGGUUCUUCUUGAGUCCUGUCAGUGUCCCAAUAUAAUGUCUGAAUUCCAUUAUAUAUUGUUGAAAAUGUCGUGGAAGUUUUUCUCCUUCCGUCGCUGCUGGUGAAUAAUGAAAUAGAGACUUCUGCCGGCCGACAAGGUUUUUAAUUCCUUUGCAAAGAAAAGGUCGAUCUGCAUCCGAGCGGGUAGAAUCAGAAAGACCCCGAACCUGGGUAAAACCUGAACAUUUAUGCUUGCUUGAAGACCGCCUCUCAGAGGGCAAGGAAUGGGGCUCUGAUGUUGGCACCUUUUGUUUUCUGUGGGGACUGUCACUCCACCCCCCCUGGGGUGGUGGUGGGGAUCUUUCACACCUGGAGUAUCCUGCAAGACGUUGAUUCUUGAUGUCUAGACCUCAUGAUUAAUCUGAUAUGUUGAUUAGAAAGUCUGUUGUGAGGGGCACCUCAAAAGACUUCAAAAUUACAAUUACAAAAACGUGUUUUUUUUCCAGACCAUUUUGAUUUGUGCACAUGAAAUUUUCCAAAUAAUAUAAAAAGUUUUGACAUAAAAAUCAUCUUGCAUUCAAAACUUCUUUCAAAAUACAAAAUACAAAAUCCAUCCUGCCUUUCACAAAUCUUUCCAUAUCUAUCCAGAACUGUUUAACAUAAGGACAAUUGUAAAAUAAAUGAAUCUCAGUUUCUGGUUCACUAUUACAAAAUACACACAUUUCAUCCAUUUCUCUAAAUCUUGACAAUAUAUUUUUGACUGGGUAAACCCUAUGAACCAUUUUUUAACGAGACUUCUCCUAUCUUAUUGGUGACACUAGUGCUGGGCAAUAUGGAAAAAAAUGUAUAUCACGAUAUGGAUCAUUUUAUAUCACGAUAACGAUAUAUAUCACGAUAUAGCAAUGGUAUGCUUUCAGUUCUAUGAAAAAUUUAAGUGUAUACAGCUGCACUAGUACAGUACCAGUACAAGACCAGCACUUAAAACUAGAAAAAUUAAUAAAUAACUACGUGGCUGAAGUGCGUUCAUGUCUGUGCUCACCCAAAGUUAUGCAACACUCACAGAAAACGCCGAUAGUGUGAGCCAAAGCACUCCAUAAUAAUAAUAAUAAUAAUAAAUUUAAUUUGUAAUGCACUUUACAUUUACAAAAAAAAAAAGAGAGCAGCAACAAUAAAAAAGCAAUAGAAUGACAGUCACAGUUUGGCAUAAAAAACGCAAAAAAGAAUAAAAAAAAUAAAGAAUAUAGAGUUGCAAUGUAAGAGGCAAGGUAGUAAAAGCAUAGAGGAAAGCUAACCAAAGGCUUUAUUAAAAAGGUAGGUCUUUAGGGCUCUUUUGAAGAGGUUGCUCACACUGCUAGAUGUUUCUCCUCCAAAGCUGCUCUCUGCCUCCAUCAUUGUUUACUUUACUCUUGAAACACGUAGCAAGACCCGAGCAUGAAUCCGAGCGCUUUAUUCGCCUAUCAGGGGCAGACAGGUAAGGUGAUUUGAUUCGCCACGACUCCAGAAAUGAUUGAAAAACUACAGAAUGUCACAAAAUCACGUUUCCUCGCUCCUGACUUGAAGGGUAGAAAUGCGCAGCCGCGCUCCCAGCUGACAGGAAGUCAAACCACUGUUGUAGUUCUUUUGUGUUGCUAGCGCGGUCAAGAGUGUUGGCUCUCACUGAGAGAUGACUACAAAAAUGGACGCACCUGUUCAUCUGGUUGUUUAACACGGCUGAAAAUGAUCAUCUAUUAAUGUUGUUCCCGCUCCUGCCCACUCCCGUUGCUUUUUUUUCCCGUCCCGUCCCGAUCAAGGGGUUAUUAAAAUGACUCCCAUCCCGUGGGAUUCCCGCGGGAAUCACGUGACCCACGGGAAUUCCCGAAAAAUGUCAUCCUCUACAGGGAAGGUCCCGGAGCAGAUGAAACAGGUGCCGGAGCGGCUGAAAUAGGUCCCCAAUCCGAUCAAAAGAGGUCCCGGAGCGCGCUCAGACUUGCUCCGGCACAAAUUAAGCACUGCUUACAAUGCUCCCUUAAGUGUGUAACCCAGGUAACCCGCAACGGCGGGAGACGCUGGACACGAAGAGGGCACGUAAAGGGGCGUCAUGUCGCAAAAUCUAAAGAGAAAUGCGAGCCUACAUGUCAACGCAUCCUUUUCUUUGUAAGAAAACAUUGUUUUCUUUUCCGUUUGACACCACAUACACUUACUGAAUGUGCAAUUAUUGUUGUUGUUACUAUGAAUCAUCUGAUGGCACAAGCCCUAUGGAUAAAAUACAGCCUAUCGCCCGAAACGAUAAAAAUAAAAAUGGCACGAUAGACAUUUUCUAUCGUGCCCACGAUAUCUAUCGUCCUAUCGCCCAGCACUAGGUGACACAGUAUUUUUUAUUUAAAGUCCAUACUAAUUUCCAUUUGAUGCUUUGAAUUUUUGCUUCCCAGAAAGACUUAAUGGAGGGAAUUGAUGUUUCCUGACAGUGACUCCUAAUAUAAUAAUUGUAACAUUUCCUAUCGAUAAGGGUUAAAUCUCCCAGCAUUGAAGCUGAUGUUAACUGAACACCUCCAUCUAAGGACUCACAUCCCCGGACAAGACUCAAAAUACCUGAAGGUAUCUCAUCAAAAACAAUAGCGUACUCCUUUGGAGUAACUGGAAUCCCAUAUUUUCUUAAAAAUUCUGUGUAUGACAAUAAAUUCCCAUCUCUAUUUAACAAUUGUGUCACCAUCAAGAUACCAUUUUUCCCCCAGCCAUCAAAAUAAAUAGAUUUAUUUUUGUAUUUGAUAUAUCUGUUAUUCAAAUUAAAUAUUUGUGAGGAGAAAAGUUGUGUUUGUAGGCGAACAUCCAUGCUAAAAACACUUGUCUGUGAAAACUAGAUAACUGAGCGGGAAUUUUGUUCAGGUCAAAGUCACACUUCAAUAGAAAAUCAAUACCUCCAACAUUUUUACAUAUCAAAUUUGGAAUAAUAUACCACAAUUUUUCUUACCAAGCAUAUAGUUUUUUUUUGCCAUUUAUUCUUUAACAUAGUGGGCUCUAUUUUCGUGUACGCCGGUGAGGCGGCGGAGGGUGGCGGAACCCACGUAGUUGUAUUUUCGUCUGUUGGAGCCCGGCGUACAGCCAGUUUGGUAUUUUCGUGGACUGAGGCGCACGGAGGCGAGCCGAGAUCCACCAAGCUGGGCGUGGUGGCGUGGUAGGGGGAGGUGUCGAUAGAAUCAGCGGGUGCAGUGACAUUUUUGUGCUCCCCAGUGGCGUGUAAAGUGCACUGAAAGCUUGCCGAUUUAAACCUGGUCAGCUUUCAGCGCAGGCGUAGCGCAGCUGGUCUAGUAGUAUUUUGGUAGACCGGCGGCGUAUCGGCAUACGUCACCGAUGCCUCACCGGCAGGUUUCCACAGUGUCAGGCACAGUUCAGUGCAAUAAAUAAUCAUCAACAACUAAUAAUCUGAGUUAGCACUAGGCCUGCACGAUAUAUUGUUUGAAUAUCGUCAUCGCGAUGUACGUGUGUGCGAUAGUCACAUCACAGAGCCUGCGAUGUCGGAGGUGAAUGAACUCACUUAAUUUCAAGAUUAACUGACUGAGAUACACUGCAUGUGACUCUGCAUGUGCUGUGCGGCGAUCCACCAAUCACCUUUGUCCUUUACUCAGUUGCCAAUCAGACUAUCCUGCCAGCUGUCAAUCAAAAUCAGAGAGGAGUAGUGGUGGGCAAAACCGUUCAUUUCAGUGAACCGGAUCGUUCCGGGUCGCUCAGUAAAAAGACCCGUUCAUUUCGUUCAUUUCGGUCAAUCGGUCAUUAGUCAGUCCGCUCGUUCAUGGUGUUCUGAACGAACGUGAUGAGCGAACGGACUGACUGCACUUCAGACUCAACAGCGCAACAUGUGAUCUUGAAAUCUGAAGCAUUACACCCCUCCGGAUCCGACGUUGCGAGCGUCUCAGCACCCCGGUCCGACGUUACGACCCCCCCCCCCCCCCCGGUCCAACGCUGCGAUCGCGCUGCACUCCUUGUAAUAUAAAAUUAUAGUAGGAGUAACAAAAUAUAUAAGGUUUUUAAUGGUCUUUAUUAUUUUGAGGUGCAUUAGAAACAAUAAUAAAAAGUACAAAAUGUCAAAGUGCAAAUGCGUAUUAAUAGUUGUCUCUCUGCCUCUGGCUGCAGCAGCAGCUGUGUGCCUUUUUGUGUGUGUGACUGUCCUGCUCGCUCGGGCUCGGCUGUCGGGCCUCGUGCGGCGGCCAGUCAACUCGGUCUUUUAGUCAACUCGUUCACCGUCUGGAUCUUUCGUUCACUCGAUCUUUCCGUCAACUCGUUCAUCGGUCUGGAUCUUUCGUUCACUCGGUCUUUCAGUCAACUCGUUCAUCGUCUGGGUCUUUCGUUCACUCGGUCUUUCAGUCAACUCGUUCAUCGUCUGGGUCUUUCGUUCACUCGGUCUUUCAGUCAACUCGUUCAUCGUCUGGGUCUUUCGUUCAACUCGUUCAUCGUCUGGGUCUUUCGUUCAACUCGUUCAUCCGUCUGGGUCUUUCGUUCAACCCGGUCUUUUCGUUCAACUCGGUCUUUCGUUCAUUUGACCCGUUCUUUCAGUGAACUCGGUCAUCCCGGUCUUUCAGUCAGCUCAGUAGUACUGCUGCUGCUUCUCUAAGCCCCACCCACACACAGAACGAGGCGCGACGAGACAGGCAAGCACGGAGAUAGUCCCUCUUCAGCCAAUCAAAAGAACUGAACGGACUGAACGGGUCAUUUAGGGGGGAAGAACUAGUUCAUUUCGUUCACCAAAAAGAACUAGUUCUUUUGAUCCGUUCGUUCAAGACCGACACACCACUAGAGAGGAGGAAACCCACCCCUGCACAUGGAGUGAGACACGUGUCCGCUGAGAAUUACUUUCGGAACAUUCUUCAUCACUGUUUAGCCCAACAAAUAAGAACUGUAUGGGUUUUAAAUUGUACAUUUCCGUGGAUCACUCUACUAUAAGCAGUGCGCGUUUUGUGAGGUGCAUGCAAUUCUCGGAGGACAUGCGUUUCUCAGCACAACCCCGUUAACAACAACAACAACGAUCGCAAACUGAGCAACACACAGAGAAAACCACCGAAGAUGAAGACUUGUUGCCAAAAAGAAAAGGAAAGUCAGUUAUCUGGAAUUAUUUCGGUUACAAGAUGGAUAAUGUCGACCAAAACUCGUGUUCUGUGUUCAUCUGUCGCCACAAUAACGGCCCAGAACAAUAAAAGCUAAAAAUAUCUCUGAGACAGACAAAAGCCAUUCUACUAACAUUUACAAAAAGAGGUAAGAACAGAGCAGGUUAACUGUCCUCAAGAUUUCAGCAGUGCAGCAUAACAUUAAGUGCUAUUCAGGUCACCUGGUGAAAAUUCCUCUAUUUUUUUAAUAUUGCAAUAUACACUCACCGGCCACUUUAUUAGGUACACCUGUCCAACUGCUCGUUAACACUUAAUUUCUAAUCAGCCAAUCACAUGGCGGCAACUUAGUGCAUUUAGGCAUGUAGACAUGGUCAAGACAAUCUCCUGCAGUUCAAACCGAGCAUCAGUAUGGGGAAGAAAGGUGAUUUGAGUGACUUUGAACGUGGCAUGGUUGUUGGUGCCAGAAGGGCUGGUCUGAGUAUUUCAGAAACUGCUGAUCUACUGGGAUUUUCACGCACAACCAUCUCUAGGGUUUACAGAGAAUGGUCCGAAAAAGAAAAAAUAUCCAGUGAGUGGCAGUUCUGUGGGCGGAAAUGCCUUGUUGAUGCCAGAGGUCAGAGGAGAAUGGCCAGACUGGUUCGAGCUGAUAGAAAGGCAACAGUGACUCAAAUAACCACCCGUUACAACCAAGGUAGGCAGAAGAGCAUCUCUGAAUGCACAGUACGUCGAACUUUGAGGCAGAUGGGCUACAGCAGCAGAAGACCACGCCGGGUGCCACUCCUUUCAGCUAAGAACAGGAAACUGAGGCUACAAUUUGCACAAGCUCAUCGAAAUUGGACAAUAGAAGAUUGGAAAAACGUUGCCUGGUCUGAUGAGUCUCGAUUUCUGCUGCGACAUUCGGAUGGUAGGGUCAGAAUUUGGCGUCAACAACAUGAAAGCAUGGAUCCAUCCUGCCUUGUAUCAACGGUUCAGGCUGGUGGUGGUGGUGUCAUGGUGUGGGGAAUAUUUUCUUGGCACUCUUUGGGCCCCUUGGUACCAAUUGAGCAUCGUUGCAACGCCACAGCCUACCUGAGUAUUGUUGCUGACCAUGUCCAUCCCUUUAUGACCACAAUGUACCCAACUUCUGAUGGCUACUUUCAGCAGGAUAAUGCGCCAUGUCAUAAAGCUGGAAUCAUCUCAGACUGGUUUCUUGAACAUGACAAUGAGUUCACUGUACUCAAAUGGCCUCCACAGUCACCAGAUCUCAAUCCAAUAGAGCAUCUUUGGGAUGUGGUGGAACGGGAGAUUCGCAUCAUGGAUGUGCAGCCGACAAAUCUGCGGCAACUGUGUGAUGCCAUCAUGUCAAUAUGGACCAAGCUCUCUGAGGAAUGCUUCCAGCACCUUGUUGAAUCUAUGCCACGAAGAAUUGAGGCAGUUCUGAAGGCAAAAGGGGGUCCAACCUGUUACUAGCAUGGUGUACCUAAUAAAGUGGCCGGUGAGUGUAUAUCGCAGGGUUGAAAAAAAUCGCAAUAUUAAUUUUUUCCUAUAUCGUGCAGCCUUAGUUAGCACAUACAUUUAGAUCUAUAUCGAUAUAUUCUGAUCUAUAUCUGAUCUGAUGAACGCGUUUGGACACACAACCUGACCGAAUCAACACAGCUGAAACCGCAUUAAAUUAAAUAUGUAGUAAAUAGACACACAUGAUGAAGUUAACUAGAUAUGUAAUUCGUCUCCCUCCUUUUCUUUCUUCCUCUUCCUCUUAUUUCUCGCACAGCUCGACCUGGACACGUCUCUGUGUCCUCUCUCCGUCCUGCUGCAGCGGCAGCUGAACAGAUGAUUUGUUUCAGUGCUCGGAUAAGUUAUCUACUUAAAGCCGACAUACGGAUAUUAUAAUAUUCAGUUUUGUGAGCCAAAUUUAUUUUAUGCCAACAUCUAUGAAAGAAAGAUCCAGGCUACAGAGCGCGAUGCGUCAUUUACGCACAGAUGGUUCCGAUUUUAAUGCCAUUUUUGGAGUUUAUGUUGUGAUCUGUGCGCACAACCCACCUUUGUCACAUGAGGUUUGAAUAUAUGCAACUUAAUGUGAGUGUCUUAAUUAGUGGAAAAGGGUGUUUUUCUUACCAGUGGGUCCAACAUUACACACACCAAAUCCAUCUGUGCUCAUUUGAGAGAGUGUGGAGGACGCCCAGUGCAGCGUUUACAGUGACACUUUUUGAGGAGCUGCCUUCUGUCGCCAUUGUGUGGCAUUACUGUCUUCAGACAUCUCUUGAUCUCUCUGACUACUUCACGAAAAUAGUAAUACGCCUCGCCGGUGGCGGAUUUAAAGGCAAGGAGAGGAGCUUAUGUGAUUGGUGAAAACAGGUCUCGGCUGUGCAAAACCCACUCCACGCCUUCUCUCCUCCCUCGCAACGACUUACGCCGCUGGGAGGAGCUGAGUUAGGGAGGGAGGAUACUUACGCCGGUUACACAAAACACCCUUUUUAAGAUAAUGAGGUUUGUUUCUCCAAAUAAAAUUAAGCAACUUAGAAUCAACUUGUUUAAAUAAUGCUUGAGGAACAUUCAAUGCCUGGGCACCAUAUAUGUGCCGUGAUAAGCCUUCACUUUUUGAUAACAUAACUCGCCCAUAUAAUGAUAGAUCUCGUCCCAGCCAGCUGUUGAAUUUUUUCUCAUCUUCUCUGUUAGUGGAAUAAAAUGUAAUUUGGCUCUUUCUUCUUGAUUUUUGCAAAUUUUAGUGCCUAGGUAUGUUACCACAUCUUUCACCGGGAUCUCACAUUUUUCAGUUAAAUUGGCGGGUUUGUCCUUUAAAGGAAAAAGGUCACAUUUCUUCACAUUAAUUCUCAAACCUGAUACAUGAGAGAAGACAUUCAGACAUUCUAAGGCUUUUUUCACCUCACAUUCAUUUUGUAAAAAGAUUGUAGUGUCAUCUGCCAGUUGACAGCAUUUCAACUCCUCUCCAUCCAAUUCUAUACCUCUAAAGUGAUAUUUUUUAAUAUAUAAAGCCAUCGUUUGCAUAAUUAAUUAAAAUAGAAAGGGGGCAAUAGGAUCUCCUUGUUUAAUCCCUCUAUCGAUAUUGAAUCUAGGUGUGGUCCCAUAUGGUAACUUUAUUGAACUAUUACAACCCACAUAUAAAGUCUGAACCACUCGUUUAAAAUAAUCACCAAAUCCAAAGAAAUCCAAUGUAUUGAACAAAAAAGUAUGCCCGGCCGUGUCAAAGGCUUUAUAAAAAUCCACAAAAAAAGUGAAACUAUUAUCGGGGGGUAAUUCAUUAUAAUCAAUUAGGUCUUGAAUUAGGCGGAUGUUAUUAGAAAUAUGUCUUCCUUUCAUAAAACCUGACUGACAGUCAUCAAUGAUUGUAUCAAGCCAGGGCUUUAGUCUCUGAAAUAAAAUCAAAGACAAUAAUUUAGCGUUUUUAUUUAUCAGGGUUAUUGUUCUCCAAUUUUCGAUUUUUAAAGUAUCUUUACCUGGCUUUGGGAUUAGAGAAAUAAGACCUUAAGACACAAUAGGUCUGGAAAUGUAUGCUACAAAUCGACGCGAAAGCCUGCUUCAGCUGUGCUCUGUUCUGCUGUAGAAGUUCAUAGCUUCUCAUAAACCAUAAAGUGGCCAUGCCAGGGAGUCUGUUUUGUUUUUAAACUAGAUGAGACUGACCCUCAUCCUGUAAGAUCAGACCCACCUUAAAGAAAGUCCAUCUGAGAGAUGAAGAACUUCCUUUAACAGGCAGAAACCUCGAGCAGAACCAGACUGACGUUACACCGUCUGGUUCUGCUGAGCCUGACUUUUCUUCAGGUUCUGAUGACUGAGAACUGAACGGAGACAUAGUGGGAUCCAUAAUCCAGACAGAUCUUUAUGUUAUUCUGUUCUUGAUCACUAGAGGACAGCACUGUUAUACUCUAACUGUCCUCAUUAGUGUUCCUGAUGGAGCGGAUUAUCUGAACUCUUUGUCUCCGUAACAACCAAACGAGAUUUAUUUCAGACUAAGGGACAAACAACUCAGACUGCAUGAUAACAAAGUAUAUAUACACACACACACUAUCUAUCUAUACACACACACACAUAUACAUGUUUGUGUGUGUGUAUGUAUAUGUGUGUGUAUGCUUGUAUAUAUGUGUGUAUAUGUAUACAGUACAAGGCCAAAAGUUUGGACACACCUUCUCAUUCAGUGUCUUUUCUUUAUUUUUUUAUAUGACUAUUUACAUUGUAGAAUAUCACUGAAAGCAUCAAAACUAUAAAUGAACACGUGGAAUUUUGUACUAAAAAAAAGUGUGAAAUAACUGAAAACAUGUUUUAUAUUCUAGUUUCUCUAAAAUAGUCACCCUUUGCUCUUGAUGACAGAAGUACUUAGUGACUGACUCUGUCAGUCACAAGGUAAAAACCCUUUCAGGUGACUACCUCAUGAAGCUCAUUGACAGAACAGCAAAAGUUUGCAGUGCUUUAAAAAAGAAAAGGAUGGCUACUUUGAGGAAUCUAAAAUAUAAAACAUGUUUUCAGUUAUUUCACACUUUUUUUAUCAAGCACAUGAUUCCACAUCUGUUCAUUCAUAGUUUUGAUGCCUUCACUGAGAAUCUACAAUUAAAAUAGUAAUGAGAAUAAAGAAAAUGCAUUGAAUGAGAAGGUGUGUCCAAACUUUUGGCCUGUACUGUAUGUGAGUGUGUAUGUGUAUGUAUGUGUAUGUCUCUUUAUCCUGGUUCCUCAGUAUGUCUCUCUUUCUGGGAGAGAGAGAUUUAGGAGCAGCAGACUUACUUUACUGGUUGUGGUCAGACCUCCCAGAAUGCACUGCUGUUUCCAUGACUGCUGUGUGGAUGCAGGAUCCAGCCUGCAGACCACGUUCUGGGCCAUGGAGCCCGCCUGAAGGAUCAGACCUGAUCCAGUCCUGUUUGAGUUGGACGCAGAUCUGAGAGCAGAGCAGCAGUGCAUUCUGGGAGAUGAUGACGCUGAUGGGAAUCACAGCGCUGGAUUUUUCCAAACUACCAGAGGACCCUGAACCUGCUGCUGCUGCUGGGUCUGAAACCUCCAACAACAGUGUGUCUGUGUGACACACGCACACACACACACACACAAAUACACAUCAGCACACACACACGCACACACAUGCACACACAUGCACACACACAUCUUCAUACCUGUAAAGUUUAAUGAUAAAGCUGAUUAAACACCUGCAGUUCCUCUCAUGUCUACUAGAGACUGUCCCUGAUGUGUGUGUGUGUGUGUGUGUGUGUGCUGACGUGUGCGUGUGUCAGUGUGUUCUCGUCUCUCUAACUUCAUGGGUCCAGAUUUACGAGGAAAUUUGUCCUCAUUUUUCUGGUUGUAAAAUUUGAAGGAAGCUUUUAUUUUUUUGUUUCCAGAAGAACUGAGUCAUCUCCAACACUUCCGGUAAAAACAGUUGCAUAUACGCGCGCACACACACACACACACACACACAGAUUUCUGAACCUGAGCCUUUCUGAAGACGGUAGACCCCCGUUCAGAUAUAGGUCUCGACAGUGCGACCGUUUCACUCACAUUUGCGACUAAAAAUAGAUGUAUGUGAAUUGUAAAAUGUAUUUAGGGUCACAUGUGCACAUAAAAAAGAUCAACAAAUGUCUUUUCCUGUAAAUACGGCGGUGAAGUUAGUUUUAGGUUGGAUAUCAGACGGACAUUCACUGAGGAUCUACCGGUGUCUUCUCACUCUCCAUAACUGGGAAUAACAACAGCAACGCGGUUAAAUCUACUCGCCACCCUUGCUGUCAACGUCUGGUGUUGAAUAAGGGACCAUCAAUAAAUUACUGGUUGAUGUUCUCAGAAAAGGCUGUUUUCCUUCAAUAGCUUCCAUAUCAUGUGACCAAAAGACCUAAAAUUGAUUUCAAAUAAUAGUAGUAAGGUUGAUCAAUAAGACAAACAUUAUUGGAUCAAUUUUGAUUGUUCCCCUAAAGUUCUUUGUGUGCUCCUUACUUUAUUAACUUAGGAGAACAUGUGAACAAAGUUAGUGUCGAUCCCUGCUCACUCUUUCACCUGUCUGAGGAGGAGGAGGAGGAGGUUCAGGAUCAUCUGUCGUCUCCUCUUGUGUUUAGACAUUUGGAUGAACCUCAGUCACUCUGACUCUUUGCGCCAUCUUCAGGUCAGAGUUUGUACAGCACUCCUCUGACUGUAGUGGAGCUGUGUCGUAUAGAUGUGUGUUUAUUUUGCCCUCUGCUCUGUCUGCAGGCGUACGCACAGUUUGCAGGAGCUCCACUCAAACUGAGGAAGAUCUCCAACCCCUGGAGGAGUCCCAGCGGUGAGUGAGCCCUUCUCAUCCUCCUCCUGCUUCUCCUCCUCCUUCUUCUCCUCUUGCUCCUCUUCCUUCUCCUCCUCCUUCAGAUUCUUCAUAUCUUCAGAGGGCAGUCCAUGUUGUUCAUGUUUGUUUGUUUCUUCUGUAAUAAAGGAACACUUCCUGCUCUGAGGACCAAUCAGAAAGAGACUCUGUCCAGACCCUCUGACAUCAUCAUCCAUCUGAGAAAACAGGUGAGGCAGGAUCUCCAUCACAGCAUGCAUCAGUGCUGUAAUGGACUCCACUGAGCCUCAUCAAAAAAGGCAUUGUUUGUGACGUCGUGUUCACGCUUUUCAGGUCUGUGUCAAAGGUCAACUAUGAAUGUCACAAACUUAACAGGGUCUGUGAUGUCACAUAAAUAUUGAUAACGUUAUAUAAUAAUAUGAACAUCAAGUAUAAAUAAUAUUAGAUACAUUAAUAAAAAAUACUAACAAAUAAAUAAAUUAAAUUAUAAUAAUAAUGAACAAUAAUAACAUUAAAUAUGAAUUAAGUAUGAAUAACAUUAAAUAUGAAUAUUAAGUAAGAAUAAUAUUGAAUAUGAAUAUUUAUAAAUUAAUAUUAUGAAAUAAUAUUAAAUUUGAAUAAUAUAAAAUAAAACUAUUGAAUAAUUCUAUUAAUAUACUUAUUAAAUUAUAUUAAAUAUGAAUAUUAAUUAAAUUAAAUAUGAAUAUUAAGUAUUAAUAACAUUGAAUAAAAAUAUUGGAUGAUAAUAUUAAAUUUGAAUAAUAUGAAAUAAUACCAUUGAAUGGUUAUUAUAAAUUUGAUUAAUAAUUAAUUACAUUAAAUAUGAAUAUUAAGUAAUUAUAUUAAAUAUAAAUAUUAAGUAUGCAUGAUAUGAGAUAUUAAUAAAUAAUAAUAUUAAAUAAUCAUAUGAUUGUUAUGAUGGUCAGUUCGGUCAGGUUGCAGCUGUCUGAACUUAGAGUCACUGAAUCAGUAAAAAACAUCCAAUAAUAACCCAUAAAGAAAAGAUUUUUGCUGAUGACUGCAGGCUCAUGGGGGGGGGGCUACAAACUGCAGUUCUCUAAACCUUCACUGGGGGGAGCAGUACAGUGAUCCAGCAGAGGGAGAACUCAUGGGCCGUGUCUCAUUUCAGAGACCGCACCGUCAAACGGCGCAUUUGAAGUGUGCGUGAUGUCAUCACUCGGCGCGAACGGUGUCCCAUUUGGCUCGAAAUGCUGAGCACGCUUCAAAUUCGGUCUCAAAACCACACUACCCGCGCCCCUUUUUCAAGCAUGCAUUUAUGCACGCUUUCAUGGCCUUGGUAUCCCAGAAUUCUUCGCAUGCCGCUGCACAGUUGCGCAUUUCGGGUGAGAGGCUGGACUCGCUUGGAGACGCAGUGCUUCUUCAAAGAAAAUACAAGAUAUCCAAAAACAGCAGACAGUCAGCUCAGGCUACUUGAGCGCAUGAUUUCUGAACUCACUAAAAUCUGCAAACUAAACAUGAUACUCUUUAGAGAUGAACUGAUCAGCUCUGCUACCACAAUUAAAAACAUUAGAAAUCAGAAAGCUGACAAAAAAAAAGCUCAAUAUGGCCCUCAUACUCCUUCGUACAAAACAAUCAUUGGAUGAAUUUUGUGGAAAUGAUCUGUGCUUGUUUGUAUCUAUUGUUUUGUGUCUGUGCAAGGUCACACUAUUAAAAAAUAACUCCCACGCUCCGCAGCUUUUCUUCAAGUCAGCCGUGACGCGAGCCUGAGGGCGGGGACAUUUGGCGACUCAACCAAGAAGACCUUUCAAAGGGUAGUCUGUCCCAUUUCACAAAAACCGGACCAUCUCACUCGCUAAGCGUGCUCAAGCGCGCUCAGCCUGAUGCGGUCUCUGAAAUGAGACACAGCCAUGGUUAACUCACUGCUGACUGACACUGAUGACCUUAGGUCCAGGAGACCACAGAGGUCCAGUAAGGUUAGUGGGGUCCAGUCUGGAUGGGUAGUUUUAGGUGAAGGUUUUAAUGGUUCCCGGUCCAACAAGUCUAUAAUGUUAAUCAUGUAGAAAGUGGACUUCAUUUUCUGGUCCAGGCCAGUGGCCCCGCCCCUCAGACUCACUCUGUGAUUUUUUUGAUCCAAUAAAAAAACUUUAAGUUCUGAACCAACAUGAAGAUGUCGGUGCAGCUGUGUGUGUGUGUGUGUGUGUGUGUGUGUGUGUGUGUGUGUGUGUGUCUGUGUGUGUGUCUGUGUGUGUGUGUGUCUGUGUGUGUGUGUCAGAUCUGUGUACAGCUGUCUUUAUUUGUUUAUGAGGAAAUAACCACAGAGAGCGUGAAUGCUUCUGAGUGCGCUCACAACACCUGCAGAGACACCUGAACAUAAACACACCUGAUAACUACCUGUGAGUGUAAACAGAGCAGCAGAGGUGGUCAUUAACACACAGACACACACACACACACACACACACACACACACACAGAUGGAGGGUCUCCUCUUAGUCAAACUCUUAAAAAAGUUAAAAAUCGUUUUUUGUUCCUUUAAAUAUUUAAAAUGAAAAAAUAAAAAAUCUUGAUUCCUGAUUUCAAACGAUCAUUUCUCCUCUAAACUUUUUCAUUACAGAUUCCUGAUCGGAUCAAAUCUGAUCCCUGAUCUGAAUACAUCUAAUCUCUUUUCUCCUUAAGGGCCAAACUGUCAAUCAUCUGGCUGUAGACGGGACUUCCUGUUAUUGAAGGAAAAUAGAUGAUAGAUUUCCAUUUUUAAAAACAGGCAGGGUUCUGGAUCAGGGUUCUGGUGCUGGUUCUCCUGUUCGGUGUGUUAAUUAAAGUCCAAAUAUUGAUCUGCUCUGGCCCAGUAUCUGUGCCGUGACUGGACAGUGGGGGGGUUGUCAGUGUCUGUGUUUUACUGAUCGCAGAUUGAACUGAUUGAUUAUAGAGGGGGGAGGGUGGGGGGCUCCUCUGAGGGCCCGCCCCCUUUGGGUCUGCAUUCUGUCGGUACUAUAAUAUCAGGUCCAAAUAUCAGUGAUCAGUCUCAGGGGGUCCUCUGUGUCAAUACCAGCCAAUUAGAGCAGAGCCUCCUUACCAUGGCAGCCCCGCCCACUUAGAUCACUGCAUAGAUAAUGAGGUCAGAGGCUAAUGCUGCGUUGGAGUUUCCUCUGAAGUCAGAAGUUCGAGCUGAAAAUGACAUCACACCUGAGUUCCCAGCGUGUCAGUUACCAAGUCGGAAAAAAGCAAAAUCGGAGGCCUGAGGCAAGAUGGCUACAUCUACGAAAGUUAUUUAGUGCUUGCCUUAUAUUCGUAACUGAAAUGCCGGGAACUCGGGUGUGACGUCAUUUUUAGCUCUGACAUUUGGCUUUGGAGGAAACUCGAACUCGUAAGAGUCAAACUUUGACCUUGAACACGUGGACUAGAAGGUUCUUGGUCCUCGUUAUCAGACCUGCUCAGUCACCACCCCCACCCCUCCUCUAACAGCAGCAGCUGGAAGACAUUACCUAGCAAUGUAGACAUUACCCAGCGGUAGGUUAGUCAGUAACGAUGACGACAGGAAAGCUCCCUCUUCAUCUCUAUCUCUCCUCUUCUCUGUUUUUUCUCUCUCUUUUCUUGGACCCUCUUCUACUGUUGCCUCCUCCUUAUAGUUUCUUUGUCAGGGUCAGUGUGAUGUAAGCAAAUCCAGAGCUCCAAAACAACCUGAAAUGGUUCUGGUUCUGGUAUUCAGCUAUGGGCGCGACAGAACCAGAACUGGACUGACAGGAGCAGGUUCAGGGGUGAGGUACAGGGAGUGAUUUGAGCCCCCCCACACUGGUCUCUGCAGUGCGUUGGAGUGUCGGCUCUCUCAGUGGGAACUUUGUGUGUGUGUGUGUUUUUCAGAAGUAUAACGCGGACUAUGACCUGUCAGCCAAGGAGGGCGCGGACAGCCUGGCGUUCAUUUCUCUGAUGGAGGAGAAACUCAAACCAGCUCUGGUGACUCAGCUCCUCAUCUAUGAUAGAUCCGCUCAGAUCAAGACCGAAAACUGACUCUGAUUCUGUUUCACGCAGAUCUACGCCUUCUGGGUGGAGCCAAAGAACUAUGUGGAUGUGACUCGCCGCUGGUACGCCGAUCACAUGCCGUUCCCGCUAAACUUCUUCCUGCCCGGGCGGAUGCAGGGCGGGCAGCUGGAGAAACUACGUCUGCUGCGAGGAGAUGAGAGCCUGGAGGCCGGGGAGGAGCUGGAGAAGGAGGUGAGGAACUCUGACCUUCAGUGCCGACAGCAGGAGCUCCGGGAAGUCUGAAACACGCCGCCUUAAAUCUGCAGCGCUCCGCUGUCAGGCCGCUCCUUCACAUUUUUCCACAAUGAUCUCAGAUUUCUUUCCAUACGUUCAGAGCGGUCAAAACAGUUUCAAGGGAAAAGUCUCCUCAGAGGUUUUCUCUGCUGGAAAAAUCUGCCGCUUCAAAACCCUCCACUGUGGAAAGAGGUCAGAGGUCACGCAGCGUUCAGGGAACGUCGUUAAACAGCAAUUUGUUCCUUUCAGCCUAAAAAGCAUUUCAGGGAAAAUCAGGGUGACGUUUAUGAACAGUUUCAGAGGGUCUAAGAAACACCAGGAUCACAGAUUUAAACGAGAGAAGAUUUAAGAUGAGAAGAUCAGUUCUUUUGACUGGAUCUUUAGAAUCCGUUCAUUAAAAUGAUUUGUUCAAAAGAUUCGUUCACUGAAUCAGUCAGUGCUGUACUGGUGCAGUACACCAGUGAGUGACACAGCAGAGAGGUUGCUCAUUGACCGAGCCCCUCCCUUCCCCUGCUGCUGAAGUCACAGUGUCGUUGACUGGGUGUCGUUGACUUCACCAAGUCCAGAGGGAAGAAUCACUCCCCUGCCCUGAAGAACUUACCUCAAUAUGUGUCGCCGUUGGCGGAAACACCACAGUAGUGACGCUAAACGAGCGUGAGUCGAUGUUCUUUUAUAUGGCAGAAAAGUGGAGAGAUUAAAAAUAAAUAAACAUGGCAGCUGUAGUGAGGAUUCAGAUACUUUUAGAGAUAUCAAAUAUUGUAUUUCUUUAAAUCGGCUGAAAUUAAAUCCUUCUUACAGGAAAGUUUAUACACGUGUAUUGAUGUAAAGGCACUAUGAUGACCUGUUUUAUCUUAGCCUCAGUCAACCAACCGCUGCUCGGCAGGAAGUGAACAACACUACACCCCUCCUUCCUCUGCCUGAAUAAAGUCAUUCGGAUGUUAUUCGUUUCUCUCACAGUCUGACUGAUACUUGUUGUUCAUUGGCUGUGAACAAAUCAUGAGACUCCGCCCACCCGCUCUCUCGCUCACUGGCUGUGUAUCAUUCACCAAAGAGUCAAAGGCGGCAGUUGCACUCCCAACCGGCAAGCCAGGAACUGAGAAAGGAACAAAUCACGUCUCAGAGUGAUUCAGUUCACGUCGUUUACUCAACAGUUCAGUUUUUCUGAACGAAUCGUUCAUGAACGACACAACACUCGUCCUACCUGAAGAUCACGUUCAUAUCCUGUUCCUUAAAAUCUCCAUGCUGUCUGUGCAGCGUGGCGGUCCUGAUGUUCACAGGAGUCUUUACGUCAUCAUUUUGAUGAGGUGGACUUGGAAUCAGUGGUUCUGAUUCUGUUCUGAUCCAGUUCACAGUCUGACGCUGGUUGUGUGUUUUGUGUGUUUGUGUCUUCCAGUUGUACCGUGAUGCUGCCGAGUGUAUGAACCUGCUGUCCCAACGACUCGGAUCACACAAGUUCUUCUUCGGGGACUCGUGAGUUCAUCAAGUCCAACAGAAAAAAAAUGUACCAGAACAGUUCUACAGUGGAUUCUGGUUCUGGAGCUGAAAAGUGUCUCACUGUUUGGGUCAGAGUGGCCUGGUCUGCAGAAAACUGUGGCUCCUCUUAAAGGGGCGGUGCUGACCCACUCUCACUGAGGAUAAAAGACUCAUUAUGACCAGAACCAGCGACCCGUCCUCUCAGAACCAUAGUCAUGUUUGUAAUCCUGCUGCUGCUGUCAUAUGUAAGUUACUGAUGUGACUUUCUGCUGUAGACCUUCGUCUCUGGACGCCUACGUCUUUGGUCACUUGGCGCCCAUCCUGAAGUCCAAACUGCCCAACGGGAAAUUGCAGCAGCAUCUGAAGUCUCUGGAAAACCUGACCAACUUUUGCUCCAACAUCCUGCUGCUCUACUUCCCCCAGGACGGCCGAGGUGAGACUGCAGAGACCAGGAGGUUCAGGGCUAGAGAGCAGAAACACAGGGUCCGAACUCUGAAUCAAACACCAACACCAAUCAGCCUGCAGUUUUAGAGUACGGAGGCCCUGAGGGUCACAAAACAUAAAAACAAAGAGGAUCGUCCAGCACUGAAGCUCCCAGAAAAUCAGACAUUUUAAUCAAAAGGAAAAAACUUAGAGCUGCUCGAGCACAUUUAAAAAAUCACAAAAAGAUCCUGAACCGAGAAAAGAUUUUAUCAAAAACUUCAAAAACAUUUCAACAAACUACAAAAACAUUUUAACAAAAGACAAACGCAUUUUACAAAAACUCCAAAAACAUAUUUGGAAAAAAUCCGAAAACAUUUUUACAAAAAUUCCAAGAACAUUUUAACGAUAAUUCCAGAAACAUUUUUACAAAAUUCCAAAAACAUUUUACAAGAGAAAAAACAUUUUACAAAAAAUCCAAAAACAUUUACAAAACCACUUUAAAAGAAAUUCCAAAAACAUUUUAACAAAAUUCCAAAAAUUUUUUACAAAAACAUUUUUACAAAAGACAAAAACAUUUUACACAAGACACAUUUUUUUUUUUACAAAAUACAAAAACUUAUUACAAAAACUCCAAAAACAUUUUUGCAAUAACUCCAAAACCAUUUUUACAAACAUUCCAAAAAGAUUUUAACAAAAAUUCCAGAAACAAUUUUGCAAAAGACAAAAACAUUUUACAAAAGUCAAAAAUAUUUAACAAAAGACUAACCUUCUCACAAAAACUCUAAAAGCAUUUUACAAAACUUCCAGAAACCUUUUAACAAAAAUUCCAAAAAACAUAUUAAUAAAACUCCAAAAACAUUAAAAAAAAAAAUUUCAAAAACAUUUUACAAAAGACAAAACUUUUUUUUUUAAAAAGACUAACCUUCUCACAAAAACUCUAAAAACAUUUAACUAAAAUUUCAGACACCUUUUUAGUGAACACAGAAAAAUCAUCCAAACCAUCAGGAUAAAUCUGUAAGAAGAGUACACGAAUCAGGAAACAGGCCUCCAGGGCCACCGUAGUUUUUGUUUUAACAGCCACUCUCUGAUGUCCCCCUUGCCCCCCCCCCCCCAAGAGAGCUCAUCGCAGAAGACGUCCUACUCCCCUGAGAGCGGAGACUUCGACCACGUCCCCAACAAGCGCAGGAAGCAGCUGCUGUCGGCGUUGGUGGCUCUGGGCGCCAUGCUGAGCUACGCCCUGCUGACCGGCAUGGUGUCCGUCCAACACGUCCAGCAGGAGGCGCUGGAGGAGCCGCCAGACCUGCAGAAGAUUGGAUCCCCUGACGACGAGGAGGGCGACUGAGGUAGAGGUGCGUCAUGGGACUUUAUGGACAAAUGAGAAGAUGUUCAGUAAGCAAAAUCAGUAAUGUCUCACUCUGUUGAGUUUUGACAUCACCAAAGAGAGGAGAACCAUCAGGAGUCUCAGAGAGGACAGGAAGUGAGAGGGGACCUGGUUUACCUGGUCCAGAAAUCAGUCACAGGGUCACUUUCUGGAUCUUGGAUUUUUAUUUUUGUUGAUUUUUAUUUUUUAAAAACUGUUUGUAAAAAGAAGAAACACAAGUCAGCAUUUCCCUUUAAAUAAAUAAAUUUUAAUUUUGUUUUUGUUUUGGUUAAAGUGUCACAGCAGCACAGAUUAGUGUUUAUUCACUCUCAGCCUCACAACAGCAACAUCACACAAUAAAUCCACAGGUGAAACGACGA